AUGUAAUUGAUUUCCUUAAAUAUAUUUUUAAUAAAAUAUAAUAAAUUCAACAAUUUUGUGUAUUUAGAACUCAAAAGCUUAACUUUCAAAAGAAAUCAAUCAAAAAUUUUAUUUUGGUUACUAGAAGUGAUUAAUCUGUUUUUUUAAGAAUAUAAAAUCUUUUCAACAUAAAAAUGGUAAGUAAUUAUAUAUUAACUAAAGAUUUUAAAUAGUUUAAUUUAUUUUAAUCAACAUCUAUGUGUUUUAGAAUGUUUUUUUUCCUCUAAUUAUUAUCAACCCUCUUUUGUAAGAUUAAUAUUUUCAAAUUUAAAAGUUAUUGAGUUAAUCAAUUUUUAGUUUUUAUCUAUUUUUUUAGAAAUAAAUAAAUAAAUGAAUGACGAAGAGAUAUUUAAAUAUUUUGAUAAAUAAAAUAAAUUUUAUCUUACAAAACAUGAAUUAAAAGUCAGUUUGAUCUAUAAAUUUGGUUAUAAAUUUCCUUAUGAUGAAAUAAAAAAUAUUUGGAAAGGUAGAUUUAAGUUUGAGUAAUCUAGAAACGAUUAUGAUUAGUUGUAUGAUAAAAGUAUUGCAUCAAAAGGAAUUUCAUUUAAGUAUUUUAAAUAUUUGAUCAAUUUAUUAGAUUCACAAAUAUCAUGCGAUAAAAAAUCAACUAUUGAUUUUUAAAUUAUUGAUGAAGAUGAUAAAGGAUAUAUAACUUUUGAUGACUUUAAAUAGUUAAUUGUGAAACAUAAUUUAAAAUUCAUUUAGCCAUCAUAGGUGAAAGAAGUGUAUAAAGAAAUGGAUUUUGAUGGUGAUGAAAAAGUAUCGUUAUCUGACUUUCGUAAGUUUGUAAAGGAGUAUAAAGACUUGUAAUAAGUAAAAUCAAUUGAAUGA